AUGUUCGCCAAGGUAAUUGUCGCGUGCGCGCUUUUGGUGGUAGCCCAAGGUGGACUCAUCGCUAGUCCUCAUGGCGCUAUUUCCUCUCAAAGCAUAGUUCUUGGACAUCCAGCACCUGCUAUUACUGCACACGCCGUCGCCCCUGCACUGGCCGCGCCUGCUUAUGGAGCUUAUGGAGCUUAUGGAUUGGGACUAGGUCACGGCGCUAUCGUCUCCCACGCACCCGUGCUGCAUGCGCCUGUGGCCCACGCCGUUGCCCCUGUUGAGGUUUAUAUAAUUUUAUUAACAACUGCGCUCUUAGCAGUAAAUGCUCAACACGAUUCACACGGACACGCUACAUCUUCGCAAUCCUUUAUUAGGCACGAGGGCUCACAUAACCAACAUGGAUAUGGGCACGAACAACCCAUUGCUUAUCAGUCAGCGUACCAUCAUCCUAUCGCAGUUCAGCAUGCUCCUGUCCAUGGAUCAGUAACAAUUCAACACGUUGCUCCUGCAUACCACUCAGAACCUACUGUGCAUCAUAUACAACCAAUCGUACAUCACGCUCCUACCGUCCAUCAAGCUGUGCCAGUUCCAAUCGUCCAUCACGCUGCUCCUGCCAUUCAACACAUUUCUCCUAUCGUACACCACGCUGCCCCCAUUCAACAUUCUAGCAACUACCACAAUGAAGGACAGUCCGGUCAUGGACAUGAAGAGUACCACUCACACCCUAAGUACGAGUUCCAAUACAGCGUAGAAGAUCACCAUACUGGAGAUAUCAAGUCCCAGCAAGAAGCCCGUGACGGCGACCACGUGACCGGCUACUACAGUCUACAUGAGCCUGAUGGUUCAGUGCGCACUGUACACUACAAUGCUGACCACCACAACGGAUUCAACGCUGAAGUACACAACUCCGGGCCAUCAGCCCACGUACAGCCUGCACAUCAUAGCAAACCUCAUUAUACUCUUUCUCAUCAU